AUGUCGGCCCGUCCGUCGCCCGCGGAGUCGCCCGCCGACCCCGGCAUUGACGCCAUCGUCACCGCCACGCGCUUCGUCUCGCAUUUUACCGAUCACGCGGCCGAUGCUAUUCCCGUCGAUUUGAUUGAUAACGACGAGUGGCAUGACUAUGUGUCGUCGCAGGCCCCGUCCGUCCGCGCGUGGCUUGAGUUGAAUCCGGGGCCGCCGUCGGCGCCUACCCCAAUUCCAGACUUCGAGGCGGCAGAUGGCUCUGUCGCGCGGUUCAUUGCCCCCGUCAAGAACGAAGGCGUUCCUCUGUGGCGCGCUGCAGCCGCAUUUGCAGCACUGCCAAAGGGCCAUGUCUACGCUGUCGCUCGCGCUGCCGAUUUUUCCAACUCGCAGCUCGAAUUGGCAUGGGCAUUCGCCGCGUACUCUUUUACCAGAUAUACGGAGCCGGAGAAGCCUGCGCCGUCCCCGGCUGUCCUUGUUAGAGGCACGGCUCCGGAGUCAAAGGAAAGGACUGACGUCGACCGCGCUGCGUGUGCUACGUAUAUGGUUCGAGAUAUGAUUUCGACUCCUGCAGAGGAUUUUGGUCCGGCUAGUCUCGAGGCAGCUGUGUCGACGUUGGCUGCCAAGCACGCCGCCCGGUCCAGCUCAAUCGUCGGCGCACAGCUCCUUCGCUUGGGAUAUCCCCAGGUCCAUCGCGUUGGCCGCGCUGCCCCUGCCGAGCGUGCCCCGCGGUUGCUCGAGUUGCUUUGGAAUGAACGUGCAGAGCGUGUGCUCACUCUUGUCGGCAAGGGAGUCUGUUACGAUACCGGCGGCUUGUCCAUCAAACCCACGUCUUCCAUGGUCACCAUGCAAAAGGACAUGGGGGGUGCAGCCCAAGUCCUUGGCCUCGCUGAUAUGAUCAUGGAUGCGGGCUUGAACGUUCGUCUCAGAGUGCUGAUCCCUGCAGUCGAAAACAAUGUUGCCGCCACGAGUUACCGCCCUGGUGACGUCCUCACGGCAAGGAAUGGCAAGACAACACUUAACAUGAACAGCGAUGCUGAAGGACGACUCAUUCUUGCAGACGCACUUGUCGCUGCCACCGAAUCUGACCCAGACUUGAUCAUUGACUGUGCGACCUUGACUGGGGCCCAGCGUGUCGCAAUGGGUCCGGACAUUCCCAGUAUUUUUUGCACUGAUGAUGAGGUCGCACAUCAGCUUUUUGAAAUUAGCCAACGCGUUGAUGACUUAGUGUGGAGACUUCCGCUUCACAAACCUUACCGAAGGAUGUUGGAAACGCCGCUAGCCGAUAUAAAGAGCUGCGGCACCAGCGGACAUGGUGGGGCCAUCACGGCUGCUCUCUAUUUGAAAGAGUUUGUCGGUGAAUCCAAUUGGAUUCAUGUUGAUAUGAUGGGAUACAACCCGACAUCGUCUCCUGGACGUCCCGAGGGUGGUGAGGCGAUGGGGAUGCGCGCACUGUUUGAGUUUCUUCGACAACGGUACUCGUAG